GUUGUAUCCCUUGAUGCCAAAGUACAUGCUGUCUGCUACAGAUUAAAAGAGGGGAAAAUUUCGGUGAAUGUUUUUCCUUGCUGAGAUUUUGUAACACAGCCAGAAUGUCUUCUAUGUCAUUUCCAAAGGCAAUUGUCAAAUUCAACUCACACACACAAGCAAGAGACAAAAUCUACAGAACAGUACAAUAUGGAUCCAGAUUUGCUUUGUGGUACCUGUCACAGCAAACUGGUCACAGCAGACUGGAGGAGAAAUUACAGAAACUGGAAGCAGCUUUGGCUUUAUCAAGGAAAUUAUUUCGAAUGGGCAACUGUCUGGAACUCAGUCAGAAAGCACUUGAGGCACUUUCAACACCUCAUCACUUAAUGCGUUUGUUGGGAGUGUCAGCUCAGGGUUUCAAGGCCAUUUGGCUUAUCCUGGACCACAUAAUAUGGUUUGGCAAAGUGGACAUUAUUCAGAUCAACCAUGCUACAUGGAACAAAUGGUCUUCCUGGUCUUGGCUCAUUGCCCUAGCAUCAGCCACAAUCCUUGACCUGAUCAAACUCACCAGACUACAGGCCAAGGUAGAGGCUGAGAUGUUGCAGCAAAAAAGUGCUGGAUCUCACCCAGAGGUCCUCAGCCAGUUCAAGAUCGAAAAGCAUAAUAUGCAGCUGACCUUUUGGCGAGAUUUUUGUGACUUAUUCAUCCCGUUGAGUUCUCUGCAUUAUGCAAAUUCUGGGUUGGGGGCAUUCUGUGGCCUUUUGUCGUCUCUUAUUGGUUUCCAACAAGAAUGGGAGAAACAUGUUCAUCCUUUCAAACCGAAGUAGGAAAAAUGACACUACAGUUUCCUGUCAAUGGUGAGGACAAGCAUUAGUGGGGUUUAUUUUCUAAAUAUUGUAUAAAUGUUACAAAUCUGGUAUUAGCACUGGUAUUUUAUAAAUUUUUUUUUUGGUCAUUUACCAAUUGUUUGUAUGAAAUAUUCAGUCACUAAGGUGUUUGCACUGUCUUAUUGCUGUAGCAAGUAAUCUCAUGCAGUUGGCAAGUUAUCCAGCCUGCUUUAACCUGUAUCUUUUACAUUUUUACAUGUUAGUUUCAGAUUUAUUUCAUGUUUGAUAAUUUCCUGCUUCAGAGAGAUUGGCAUAUUCAAAAUAAUGAAGGCUUAUUUUACUGUAAGUUUAGGUCAAAGAAGAUUGUCUAGAAGUGCAUCUCAGAUACCAAAGUUUAAGAAGUGGGCAAGGUGCCCUUUGAGGCACAAGACAUUUUAGCCUUACAGUAAUGUUUUAAUAAUAUUAAACUUAUAAUAAGCUUGCCUGCCAACAUUAUCUUGUCAAAUGUAAGCUGGUUUUGUGAAGGAUUAUGAAAAGUGAAAAGUAAUUGCUGGUUAGCCAGCCAUCAUUGUUAUGGUGGUAUGGUUCUAAAAACUAGCAUUAUAAUCUUGCUCUAUUUCGAUAUUC